AUGGCUUCCACACACACCCUCUUUAUCCUUUUUUGUGUUGUGACUAUAACUGCAUUGCUCUCAUCAGCAUCAAUGGUUGAGUCCAGAUCACUCUCCAACCCCUCUCCAAGCCUUUUGGUUCGGUUGAAGCUUGAGGGUGAACCAUCCAACUGUUGGGACUCACUGUGGCAACUCCAAGCAUGCAGUGGCGAAAUUGUGACAUUUUUCCUCAAUGGUGAGACCUACCUUGGAUAUGGUUGCUGCCAAGCAAUUAAGGUGAUUGGACAUGAUUGCUGGCCCAACAUUGUUGCCUCUUUAGGAUUCACCGAUGAAGAGACUGAUGUAUUGGAGGGUUACUGUGAAGAGGCUGUUCUUCAUUCACCUCCUGCACCACCAAAAUCUAUUGUUGACCCUAAUGACAUUGUUCCAUAA